AUGUUGAUGAGAGUGUUUGCUGUGUAUAACAGACUCCUGAAGGCCUACCCAUUGGUAACUCAAUGCACGACAACCGGUGUAUUGCUUGGAGCGGGAGAUGUGAUCGCACAGAAAGUGUUGGAGAAGAGACAUGACAUUAAUUGGAAACGGACGGCAAAGUUCGCCGCAUUUGGACUCUUAUUUAUUGGACCUGUUUUUAGAAAUUGGAUAUUAUUUCUGGAGAGAGUGUACGGCACGAGCGGCGCAUUUACUCCCAUCAAGAAAGUGCUCACCGAACAGGUAUCCUAUAUAUUAAUUAAAUUAUAGUACUGGGAGAGUGCUGGGAAUGUAUGGAAGGGCACCGGAGACUAUGGUAGAGCACAGGGAGACUAUGGUAGAGCACAGGGAGGUUAUGGUAGAGCACAGGGAGGCUAUGGUAGAGCACCGGGAGGCUAUGGUAGAGCACAGGAAGACUAU